GGCACUAGGUUUGAUUCCCAGUACCACAUAUAAAUAAGCAAGUACAUAAAGGUCUAUCAACAACUAAAAAAUAUAUUUUUAAAAUUAAAAAAAAAAAAACAAUCUGAAAAGAAGAACAAAUUGCCUUCUUAGACUCACCCAAAACUAGCCACUCUGGAAAACAUACUCUCCUCCCCAAAACCCGCCCCCACAAGGAGGCAGGGCUUUUCUUUUGGGAAAACCGGCUCCUUGGGAGGUGAGGUGGCAAAACCUGUUUGAAGAUGAGGUUACCUCCCUUCUACACCUCCUCCUCCUCAGAGGCCAGAGCAACAGCUGAGACGUAAAAGGGUAAAGAAGUCUUAGGGGCUGGGACAGCCAGCUCCCUCACAACAUUAAGUGUUUAAAACAGACAGGAAUACCUGUGAAGAUGGGGACUGUAAAGGAAGAAACAAGAAAGACAUUAGAUCUUAGGGUUAGGGAAGACGCAGAAGCAACAGAACAAGCAGUCGCCCUGCGACUCGAGGAAUUGGAACUGAAGGAAGAAUGGCAAGAUGAAGAAUUCCCUAGAUUGCUUCCUGAGGAGACUGGCCCUUCUGAAGAUCCUGAGGACCCUCAAAGAGACUCACAGCCAGGUACCCCCAAUACUUUAGCCCUGUGUGGCCAGCGCCUCAUGCGGAAACGACUUUCUGCCCCAGAGUUGCAGCUGAAUCUUACUGCGGGGCCUGGAGAUAAUGGAGCUUCUCCCACCUCCUCUGCAUCUUCCUCUUCUGAUGGCAGUUCAGACCUGGAAGUAGAUGAAUUAGAGACACCUUCAGACUCAGAGCAGCUGGACAGUGGACAUGAAUUUGAAUGGGAAGAUGAGCUGCCCCGGGCAGAGAGUCUGGGGGCCAGUGAAGCAGCAGAAAGACUGGGCCAGGGUUGCAUGUGGGAUGUGGCUGGAGAAGAUGGUCAUCGCUGGAGGGUGUUCCGAACAGGACAGUGGGAGCGACGAGUGGACAUGACUAUCAUUGAGCCCUAUAAGAAAGUCCUAUCUCAUGGAGGUUACCAUGGUGAUGGCCUCAAUGCUGUCAUCCUCUUUGCUUCCUGUUAUCUACCCCAAAGCAGCAUCCCCAACUACAAUUAUGUCAUGGAACAUUUGUUUAGGUAUAUGGUGGGAACUCUGGAGCUGCUGGUAGCUGAAAAUUAUCUGCUUGUUCACUUGAGUGGAGGCACAAGCAGGGCCCAAGUUCCACCUCUGAGCUGGAUACGCCAGUGUUACCGUACCCUGGACAGGCGGCUUCGGAAAAACCUGAGAGCCCUUGUGGUUGUCCAUGCCACAUGGUAUGUGAAAGCAUUUCUGGCACUGCUUCGGCCCUUCAUCAGUUCCAAGUUCACACGAAAGAUACGCUUUUUGGACAGCCUGGGGGAGCUGGCCCAACUCAUCUCCCUGGAUCAAGUCCACAUCCCUGAAGCUGUCAGACAGCUGGACCAGGAUCUCCAUGGCUCAGUACUGGAUAAAGGGCCUUAGAACCAAACAAAGAUAGUGAUCUGCCUGCAUCCCAACCCUGGAAACAUCUGUCUUGUAAAUCAUCUCAUCUUCAACUCCAAUACCACUGGAUCUUCACUGGGAUGCCAUCCUGAACAUGACCCUGGUUUCGGUGGACUUUGAAGUUGGGAACCUGAUCUGUUGGGUGGCUUUCAAUUCAUCUGUGGUUUGGAAGGCUGAGUCACUAGUGCAUUGGAAGUGAAGAGCUCUUGUUUUUAAUCUUUAGCUGUAGAAUACUGGACAAAUAUCAUCUCUUUGGGUCUCAUUUUCCUCUUCUAUAAGUGAAGGACUCCCUCCAUUUCACCUUGGGUAUUCUAGAGUCUUGGAGAGGAGUUGGAUGGACCAGAAGGGCUUAACUGACCACAGCCAGCCUGCCUGCUAGGAGCCAGGGUGCAGCUCACAAAAUCUUUAGGAACGCCUCUAUGCUCUUCUUUCCCUCUAAGUCGUGUCUGCUGAUAGUGAGUUGGGAAGCAGUACUUUCAAAACCUGUAUUUUCGCCCUCCUUAGUGAAUUCAUACCUGUAGCGGUUAAUAAACUGCCGUGCAAGAUUUAA